AGGAUUAAAGAGAGACUCGUGUUUUUUUUUAAUAAUUUCAAUUGAAGAGACUAUUUCCGUUUCAGCAUCUCUCUUCAAUUGCUUCUUUCUCUUCUCUCCUAAUUUCCCAAAAUCAUCAAAAGAAGCAAUUAAAUUGCUAUUUCUUGCUUCUACCUCAGGUGGAACUAAUCAAUAUCUGAUUUCAUGUUUACCCUUUCCUCUUUGUAGGAGGAGAAAGCUGGAAGCUUGUGUCUAGAAUCUUGCUUCUACAGUGACCCAAUAAAAGGGCUGUCUCUACCAGAUUUCAACUGAAUCAAGAAACAGAAUGGGGAUUUCAAGAGUGAUGGUGGUGUUAAUGGUGCUAGUAGUAGUAUCAGGCUCUUCAAUGGUGUUCAGAGUGAGUGGGAUAGGGGCAAAUUGGGGAUCACAGUCGACUCACCGGCUUCCGCCGGAUAUAGUGGUGGGAAUGCUCAAGGAAAAUGGGAUCCAGAAAGUGAAACUAUUUGAUGCAGAUUAUGAUUCAUUGAAAGCAUUGGGCAACUCUAACAUUGAGGUCAUGGUUGGAAUUCCCAAUGAUUUGCUAUUGACAAUGGCUAGCUCUAAGGCUGCCCAGAAAUGGGUUUCUGAAAAUAUUACCAAUCAUAUCAAUGACCACAAAGUUAAUAUCAGGUAUGUUGCUGUUGGAAAUGAGCCUUUUUUGCAAACAUACAACGGCACAUAUCUCCGGAGUACAUUCCCGGCUCUCCAAAGUGUACACUUGGCGCUUGUAAAAGCUGGGCUUGGCAAUAGAGUGAAGGUCACAGUUCCCCUCAAUGCUGAUGUCUAUGACUCCGCUAGCAGCUUACCGUCGGGUGGCGAUUUCAAACAAGAUAUCCAUGACUAUGUUAUUCAAAUCGUGAAGUUCUUGAACGACAACGGUUGCCCGUUCACCGUGAACAUUUACCCUUUCAUAAGCCUCUACAAUGACCCCGGCUUCCCCGUUGACUACGCGUUUUUUGACGGGAACGCAACGCCUCUAAAUGACGCCGGGAUGUUGUACACCAACAUGUUUGACGCAAACCACGACACGUUGGUGUGGGCCCUACAAAAGAACGGGUACCCGAACAUGCCCAUCAUAGUGGGAGAGAUUGGUUGGCCGACGGAUGGAGACCGAAACGCGAACCCGUCUCUUGCGCAAAAGUUCAACCAAGGUUUCAUGGCUCACAUAUCCAACGGGAAGGGGACCCCGAUGAGGUCCGGUCCAAUCAACGCUUACCUCUUCAGCUUGAUCGACGAGGACGCCAAGAGCAUCGCCCCCGGAAACUUCGAGCGCCAUUGGGGUUUGUUUUACUACGACGGGCAACCCAAGUAUGCGCUCAAUCUUGGCACAACCACUUUGGGGUCUUUGGUUCCCGCAAGGGGGGUACAGUAUCUUGAGAAGAAGUGGUGUGUUUUCAAUCCGAGCGCGAGCAUUUACGGGUCCCAGGUUGCCCCCAGUGUGAGCUUCGCUUGUGGGAGUGCUGACUGUACUAGCCUCGGGUACGAGACGUCUUGCGGGGGUUUAAAUGUCCAGGGGAACAUUUCCUAUGCCUUCAACAGCUACUACCAGAUUAACAACCAAAACGACGAAGCUUGCAAGUUCUCGGGCCUCGGGUCGGUCGUGAGGUCCGACCCGUCAACGAUGACUUGCAGGUUCGGGAUUAUGAUCGAACCAUACUUCGGAGGUGCGGAACGUGUUUUGGGGGCUCCAAGAACACUGCAUUGGGUUUUGGGGUUUGCUCUCUCACUUGUCUUGACGAUUUAUUCAUGAGUUACAUUCGAUUUACGUGGUUAAUUUUUGACAUGAACAUGUUCUCAUCAACCUGGUUUAACUUCUUUUUUUGCUAUAAUGACUAUGGAUGAUGAUUGUAACAAGUAGCAUUUGUUGAUUGUAAUUAUUUGAGGCAAACCUUAUUUGCCAAAAUUGCCUGUUUUCACACUCCUUAAGUCUGAUGAUUCUUGAUUUAUUCCCUCCUUUACAGUUGACACUAACCGGCACUGAAAUCCUUGG